AUGAUUAACCGUAACAAACUUGUCGCAUCUCUUCGUUCUUGGACACAAUAUUCAAGAUGUUUUUCUACCGUUCAAAGCAAGUUGAAUGCAACGGAGCCUCCAAGAAAUUAUGACCCUCUUUACCCUCAUGAGCCGAUUGUCUCUACGUUGGGAGAGCCCUCCAAAGUUGAUUUAAAGAAUGACGUCCCAAAAGGUCCAAACAUUAAGGACCAAAUGGAUUCAUCCUUCAACAUGUCGUCACCAACAGGAGGAGGCAUUAACAAACCUCAAGAUAACAGAGAUCCUGUUGAAACUUCCAAUGCAAGAAGCACCUCGCGACCAACAACAACUUCACAAAGUAGAUUUGAUCCCAACAAGCAAGAGAGUGCCACUAUUUCAACCACAGGAAGAAAACAGUCCAAUCUUACUGAUGAAGAAUACAAGAGUGGAUUUUCCGAAGGUCUUAAAAACCAGUACGCUGAUAUUAUGGGUAAAAACUUGGAUCAAGACAUUCCCAUUGAGAAAAAUCUUGACCAAAAGGUUGGUGAAAUGGCGUCUCCUGAUACGACUGCUUUCAGAACCAUGAAUGAUGAAAGUAUGGAUACCACCAAGAAGAGAAAAGAAGGAAUGUCCACGAAACAGGAGGAUGCCAACUACUACCAAGGAUCCAAAGUGAAUUUGGAUGCAACCAGUUCCGAUUCAGCCAACAAAAUGACCGAUGAAGGUUAUAAACAAGUCAAAACAUCAUCCCAGCAAGGCUCUCCAACCAAAGACAUUAGAAGUGACAAGAGAACCGACAGAGCAGUUACCGAUUAG